AUGAAAAUUAUUGUGCUUUCAAUUUUUGUAUCUGUAUUUUGUGUGAAAUCAAUUUAUCCGCUUCACAUGGACGAGUUGGUAAUGCCUCAAGAAUCAAUAGAUUUUGUCAAUCAAAGCCAAGAUUUAUGGACAGCAUCUUCUAGCUGGGUUGGAGAAAUGACUAUAGCAGAGGCCAUGCAAUACACACAUACUCAAAUAAAGCCAAGCACUUUUAAAGAAUAUGACUGGGGACUUAUUUUGAAUUUCCUCACAAUUCCUCAAGGAUUUGAUUCUAGAAAUCAAUGGCCAAAAUGUAUUCACCCUAUCCAAAGUCAAGGGAAAUGCAGCUCAAGCUGAGCCUUUGCAGCUUCUGAAGUUUUAUCAGACCUUUUUUGCAUUGCUUCUAAAGGUUCCACAAAUAUAGUCCUUUCUGCUCAAUACAUAAUUUCAUGUGAUUACAUGAAUGAUGGAUGCACAGGCGGCUAUGCUGACCUUGCAUGAGAGUUUAUGGCUAAUGGUGUCCCUACAUCAAGCUGCAUUCCAUAUUAUGGCCAGACUACAUAUUGUCCUUCAACUUGCUCAAAUGGGCUAGAGAUGACUUUAUAUUACCCAUCGAUGAUGUAUACGUAUAUUGGCCAGACAGCAAUUCAAGCUGCAAUUCUAAUGAAUGGCCCUGUACAAUCAACUUUUAUGGUCUACCAAGACUUCAUGAGCUACUCAGGAGGAAUUUAUACACAUGUUACGGGUGCUUAUUUAGGAAAUCUCUCCGUGAAAAUAAUUGGCUGGGGAAGCCAGAAUGGAUUCAAUUAUUGAAUUUGUGCGAAUUCUCUAGGGAGCAGUUGGGGACUUAACGGAUUCUUUUUCAUUGCUUUUGGGCAAUGCGGUAUUGAUUCACAGGCAAUAUCAGGGGUUCCACAAAUUUAA